ACUAGCCGUUAAGGCGCUUCCCCUACAAGUUUCUUUCCAACUCAAAUCCCUAUUUUAUUAUCCUCUUUUCUCUCAUUUUUGAUUCAGUUCAUUCUUCUACUCUUCCAAUUCCAACUACCAAAAUUUCGCUCUCAUUUCACUUGAUCAUGGCAUCAAAAACAGUUACCAAAGACAUAAUCACUCUUCGUGGUUCUGCAGCAAUCGUUAGCGAGUUCUUCGGAUAUGCUGCUAACAGCAUCCUUUACAAUCGCGGUGUUUAUCCAGAAGAAAGCUUUGUGAAGGUGAAGAAAUAUGGCCUUCCGAUGUUGCUUACUGAAGAUGAGGGUGUUAAGUCCUUUAUAACCAAUUUAACUGCUCAGCUUUCUGAAUGGCUUGAAGCUGGCAAGUUACAGAGGAUUGUCCUUGUUAUAAUGAGCAAGUCCACUGGUGAAGUCCUUGAAAGGUGGAAUUUCAGCAUUGAGACUGAUAACGAGGUUGUCGAGAAGGGCGAGUCAAGGGAGAAGAGUGACAAGGAAAUCAUGAGAGAGAUACAGGCAAUUAUGAGGCAGAUAGCUUCAAGUAUCACCUAUUUGCCAUGCUUGGAUGAACCUUGUGUGUUUGAUGUGUUAGCAUAUACUAACACAGAUGUGGAAGUUCCAUUCACUUGGACUGAGAGUGAUCCAAAGCUGAUUGCUAAUCCACAAAUGGUGAAACUGCAUUCCUUUGAUACUAAGAUUCACAAGGUUGACACACUUGUAUCAUACAAGAACGACGAAUGGGAUGAGCAGUAAAGCUUAGCCGCCCGUGUCCUUUUCUUGUCAUGUUGUUCUGUUUCUGUUAUUUUUUCCAAAUCAAGUGGAUUGUGCCAGUUGUGAAUUUUCUAUUCACAUGGUUAGAUGUGUACUGAUGUGGAUGUCAGAUGUAUUAUUCCUCGCUUUUUUAUGUUUUCCUUUUGGCAAGGAUAUCAAAAAACUUCCCUAAUCUUUUCAGAAUUAUGGUUGAUUGUACUCAGUUUUAUGAAAUAGUGAAUCAUUCCUAGAAUCA